AUGUAUCGGAUUUCAGCAAUCUCUACUCCCGGCACUCCUCUUCAUCUGCUUCCUUCGUCCUCCUCCGUUCCGACACGUCGGCGUUAUCCCCGCAGCUCCAGGCGUCUUAACCUCAAGCCUCUCACCACUCGCAUCGUGCUCCUCACGCGCCGUCGCCAGCUGGAUCAGAUUGUGGAGGAGGUGGAAUCAGCUAAGAAACGGUAUGGGAGGCUGAACACAAUCGUGAUGAACUCCGUUCUGGAGGCGUGCGUUCACUGUGGAGAUGUCGAUUUGGCUCUCCGGAUAUUCCACGAGAUGGCGGAACCUGGUGGAUGCGGCGUCGACUCUAUUACCUACGCCACUAUCUUAAAGGGAUUGGGAAAGGCUCGGAGGAUUGACGAAGCGUUCCAAAUGCUGGAGUCUAUAGAGAAUGAAACUGCUGCGGGGAAUCCGAAAUUGUCACCAUCUCUUAUCUAUGGUCUGCUUGACGCUCUGAUCAAUGCCGGAGAUUUACGUCGUGCCAAUGGUCUGCUUGCACGAUUUGGAACUUUAGUCCAAGAGCAUGGCGGUCCGUCAAUUCUCAUCUAUAACUUGUUGAUGAAGGGGUAUAUCAACUCAGAAUCUCCACAAGGAGCGGUAACUUUGCUGGAUGAAAUGUUACGCCUUGGAUUGGAGCCAGAUAGGCUCACAUACAAUACUUUAAUCCAUGCCUGCAUCAAGUGUGGCGAUUUGGGUGCGGCUAUGAAGUUUCUAAAAGAAAUGAAGGAGAAAGCAGAGGAAUAUUAUGACGGUUGUCUUCAACCAGAUGUUAUAACAUACACCACUUUGGUGAAGGGAUUUGGGGAUGCGAAGGAUCUGUUAUCACUGCAAGAAAUCUAUGCGGAAAUGAAAUUGUGUGAUAGAUUGUUCGUUGACCGAACUGCAUUUACAGCGGUAGUUGAUGCUAUGCUAAAGUGUGGUUCAACGAGCGGGGCCCUUUGUGUAUUUGGUGAGAUAUUGAAAAGAAGUGGAGCUAAUGCAGCAUUGCGACCAAAGCCUCACUUGUACCUGUCGAUGAUGCGUGCUUUUGCUGUCCAAGGAGAUUAUGGCAUGGUCAGAAACCUGUAUCUUCGCCUAUGGCCAGACUCUUCGGGAACAAUCUCCAAUGCUGUUCAACAAGAAGCUGAUAGUCUGCUGAUGGAAGCAGCUCUCAAUGAUGGUCAGCUUGAUGAGGCUCUAGGGAUGCUUUCAAGUAUUGUUAGAAGGUGGAAGGAAAUUCCUUGGACUUCUAGUGGAGGCAUGGCUGCUGUCCGCUUAGAAGCAUUGUUGGGGUUUCCCAAGUCUAUAUUGCGUCCUCAUCUACUCAAUAAGGUGAUACCAAGCGAUCCGAUAGAAAGUAUAAUGAUUCCAUUUGAAGCCACUCGGCCUCUGCUAGGCACUCUGCAGCUGAAGAAUGUGGUCAUGCGGUUUUACAAGGAGCAAGUUGUGCCAAUUGUAGACGAUUCGGGAAGCUGCAUAGGACUUUUGCAUCGGGAGGAUUGCAACAAUCUUGAUGCACCACUGGUCUCAAUGAUGAGAAGCCCGCCUCCAUUUGUGAGUACAACAACAUCGAUUGGUCGUGUGGUUGAUCUUGUUUUGGAAAAGAAACAUAAAAUGGUUAUAGUUGUUCACUGUGAGAAUCUUAAUGGGAGCGGUUAUAGCUCAAAGGCUGUUGGAGCUUUUACAAGAGCACACUUGUAUCGGCUAUGUGAACCAGAACAAAAAGCUGCUCUCGUGGAUGUAAAUAAGUAA